AAUAAAGAAUCAAAACCCCUCUUUGCUAGUAAUUUCUCUUGAGUAAUAAAUUUAACAUCUAUCUCCAAAGCACAGAAAAAGGGUCAACACCGCUCAUGUUAGAUAUUUCCAUUUUCCACCCAAUUUCUUUGUAUCAUAUAUCACUUUAUCAACUUUUUUUUUCACUUUAUUCAUCAUUGCAGAUGUGCUGAGAGAUCACAUCACCAUUAUAAUAACUUCUUUUUUUGUGAUAACAAUGGAGGGCUAUUACAUUGAUAUGUUUGGUGCAUGCAGGGGUGCUAUAAAAUCUGAGUUUUAAGGGCCGAAAUAUUGGGAUAUCUAACCUGCAUGGACACUUUCUUGGUUUCAUUUCCAUAGAAAAACCAUCAGAGAUUCAAGUUUUCUAGUUCAAUUUCAGAGGGGAAAGGGGUAGAGAGGAUACUAAGUGUAUAAUGCAGGGAUUUGGAGGUGAGAUUUUCCAAGUUGAGAGCUGUGAAUCCGCCUUGGAGAUUCAGAAAGUUGGAAAUGCAGAGGUAGAUGAUGAUGGGAAGCCUAGAAGAACAGGAAACCUCUGGACUGCAAGUGCACACAUAAUUACGGCAAUCAUAGGUUCUGGAGUCCUCUCACUGGCCUGGGGAGUGGCACAGCUUGGAUGGAUUGCUGGUGUUGCUACUCUUGUAAUUUUCUCCGGUAUUACAUUGUAUACUUCUAGUCUCCUUGCAGAUUCCUAUCGAUCCCCUGUUACUGGAAAACGCAACUAUACGUACAAGGAAGUAGUCAGGAACAACCUAGGUCGAGCAAUGUAUUUGGCAUGUGCUACAGUUCAGUAUGCCAACCUAAGUGGAAUGGUGAUCGGAUACACCAUCACAGCAUCAAUAAGCAUGGCUGCCAUCCAGAAAUCAGAUUGCUUCCAUGCAAGAGGGCGUCAAGCUCCAUGUGCAGUCUCUCACAAUCCAUAUAUGAUUGGACUGGGAAUUCUUGAAAUAUUUUUGUCUCAAAUUCCCAACUUCCAUAAGCUAUCCAUGCUCUCGGUUGUUGCAGCUAUUAUGUCCUUUGCCUAUUCCUCUAUAGGAGUGGGCCUUGCCCUUGCAAAAGUUGUUUCAGGGCAAGGAGGGAGGACGACCCUUACAGGUGUCGAGGUCGGGAUAGGUUUAUCAGCAGCUGAGAAGACCUGGAGAAUGUUCAGAGCAUUUGGCGAUAUUGCUUUCGCAUACACUUAUUCUCAAAUUUUGGUUGAAAUUCAGGAUACGCUAAAAGCAACGCCACCUGAAAACCAAGUGAUGAAAAAGGCCAACGUGGUUGCAGUGUCAACUACAACAGCAUUCUACCUGAUGUGUGGCUGUUUCGGUUAUGCUGCGUUCGGGAACAGUGCACCAGGGAACUUACUAACUGGCUUUGGUUUCUACGAGCCAUUCUGGUUGGUAGAUCUAGCCAACUGCUGCAUUGUUUUGCACCUAGUUGGAGCAUACCAGGUAUUCGCACAACCGGUGUUCAGUGCCGUUGAGUCAUGGGCCAAGAGGAAGUGGCCAAAAUCAAAUUUUGUGAAUGCAGAGUACAGCAUAGGCUUCUGCAGGAGCCAAAGACUUAGUGUUAACUUUCUGAGACUGAUAUGGAGAAGUUCAUUUGUGAUUCUUGCAACAGUGGUUGCUCUGGUGAUGCCCUUCUUCAACGACAUACUUGCCUUCCUUGGGGCUAUGGGGUAUUGGCCUCUGACAGUAUAUUUUCCAAUAGAAAUCUACAUUGCCAAGAACAAAAUCAGAAGGUGGAGUCGGAGGUGGCUCGGCCUUCAACUCAUAAAUGCGGUCUGUUUGCUUGUUGCUGUGGCCGCUGCAUGUGGCUCCAUUCAAGGACUUAAUAAGGCUCUCAAAACCUACAAGCCCUUCGAGGUUAAGGAGUAGGAUAAGCCCUUAAAAGAAAAAGUUGUAUUGAUCUCGGUUUGUGGCGUCUAUGCAGGCACAAACUUGCAUUAGUUCUCUUUUCCAGUAAUGAAUUAAUAACUGAGUGGACAGGCAUUUUUUGCUGUAAGAGUCUGUGAAUCUGUGGUAUGUACAAGUCAUUUGGUAUUAAUUCUCAACUUAUUAGGUGUGGAGAUCAA